AUGGCGACGGAAAGCUCUUCGUCCAUCGCAUCAGCGGAGGUUUCGCAAGGGGAUCACGGAGGUCUCAAGGUUGGUUACCACACGGCGCAAGGCCUGCGCGACAGCAUGGAAGAUCACCUGGUCGUGGUCAGAGACAUCCCCGGCGGGUUUCUCUACGCCGGCAUCUUUGACGGCCACGCGGGAAGCGCUUCCGCUCGCUUCUUGAAGGACGAGCUGUACAUCGACUGCAUGGACGCGUUAGAAGGAGGCGCGUUACUGUCGGACGAGGACCUCGAUGCCGUGGAGGACGCGCUUCAAGACGCGUUCAUUCAGGCGGACCAGAGGCUGCUGCAGUGGCUGGCGGAUCACAGUGAGGAGCCGGAGUCAGGGUCGACAGGCACAGUGGCGUUUGUGCGCAAGGACCGACUCUUCAUCGCUCACCUUGGGGACUCCCGCGCUGUGCUUGGAGUGGGUGGCGACACGGAGGAUCUAUCUCAGGACCACAAGCCUCAUGGGGAGUCACCGAUUGCCAAGGCAGAGAUCAAGAGGAUUGAGAAGGCGGGCGGAUGGGUGAGUCAAGGCCGAGUGUGUGGAGUCAUAGCAGUGUCGCGAGCCUUUGGCAACGCCAACUUCAAGACACGCCGUGAACAGAUGAUGUCAGAGGGUGUGAAGAAGGGGCGAUGGACAACCCGCUUCGUCUCCAAGCGCUCGUUUCAGAGCGAUUGGAUCUCAGCGGUGCCGGACGUGUACGCUGCUGAGCUGGCGGACGAUGCCGAGUUUGUCAUCAUUGCGUCUGACGGGCUCUGGGAGGGCGUCAAAAGCUCGGAAGCCGUGGCGUUUGUUCGGAAGGAGAUGGAAAGCCACGGUGACAUUCAACAAGCAGCAGACAACUUAGCCAGUUUCGCCCUUCAGGAUCGAAAAGGAGAGGACAACAUCAGCAUCGUUAUCAUUGGCUUAAAAUAA